ACGCGACGCGCACAAUCGAACGCAAGCAAUAUGUUUCCGAGUGGCCGACCACCCGAUAGUUCUCGACCACCAGUCCCGGAGGUUAAGAGACUGUCGCCCGAGGAAAUAAAGCACCGACGUGAGAAGGGACUCUGUUUCAAGUGCGACGAGAAGUUUACACCUGGCCAUCACUGCAAGCAGGCUUUUGUGAUCCACGUCAUGGAUGAUGAAGAGCCCGAGAGCAUGGAGGAUUGGGAGCAAGAAGCCAAGAUUGGGGUUCCCGAAGAGGAGGCCGAAAUCUCGAUGCAUGCGAUGGCUGGUAUAAAAGGACCAACGAAGAUGCGGCUGCCGGCGUUGGUCAAGGACCAUCAUGUAGUCGUGCUAGUAGACAACAGAUCGUCGCACAACUUCAUCAAUGCCGAUCUAUCUAGAAAGUUGAAGUUGCCAACGAUGAAGGUCGAACCAUUUGAG